CUCCUCUCUUUCCUUUCCUUCUCUCAUCUCUCUCCCCCAAGGCCGGUCCUUUCCCUGCACUAAUUAUAAUACCCUCCAGUGCGCAGGACGUCGUCGACGCAACCCUAGACUGCCAUGGCCAACAACCGUUCCUCCGGUUUCGAUUUCUCGGACCGGCCUCCUGCCUUCGACCAGCACCCUGACCUUAACAUGGAUGGCAAUCAACCUAGCCAUCUCCAGCGCAAUAAGACAGAGCGCAGGCGGCUCCAGGGCCUCCAGAGAUCGAACACCACCGCUGCCAACCCUUCUCUCGUAUACGUCCCCAAGACGUGGAAGGAGAAGUGGGAUCUGUGGAUGAUUAACGAAGGCGGCAGGAGAUUGUUCUUCUUCGUAUGGAUUUUCCUCCACCUCCUCGUCGCGGCAUUCGGCGCCCUCCACUACCAGUUGAAAGACAAUCUGGUCACUGCACGCUCGAUUUUUGGCUCGACCUUCACCAUCGCCCGUACCGCUGCGCUUGUCCUCCACGUGGACGUAAUCUUCAUCCUCCUCCCCGUCUGCAGGAACUUCAUCUCCAUCCUCCGUCGCACUCCCCUCAACCAGAUCAUUCCCUUCGACAAGAACAUCACGUUCCACAAGGCCACAGCAUGGUCCAUCGUUGUUGGCUCCGUCGUGCACAUCGUCGCGCACAUGUUCAACUUUGCCAAGCUCGCGAUGGCCGAUACGGAUGCGAAGACCGGCGGUCAGCGCUUCGUCGCUUUCCUCGUCGCUAACUUUGCCACCGGGCCCGGCGCGACGGGUUGGAUCAUGACUGUCGCUCUCGGUGUCAUGGUCUGGUACGCGAUGGAGAAGCGCCGCCGUGCCCGCUUCGAGGCAUUCUGGUACACCCACCACCUGUUCAUCGUCUUCUUCAUCAACUGGCAGCUCCACGGCAUGUUCUGCAUGAUUCAGCCUGAUCGGCCUCCGUACUGCUCUUUCAACACGAUCGGUGUCUUCUGGCGUUACUGGCUCGUCGGUGGUGUCAUCUGGAUCUCCGAGCGCAUUCUGCGUGAGGUCCGCUCGCGUCACCGCACUUACAUCUCGAAGGUCAUUCAGCACCCGUCGAAAGUCAUGGAGCUUCAGAUCAAGAAGGAGAAGACGAAGACCCGCGCUGGUCAAUACAUCUUCCUGUCCUGCCCUGAAAUCUCGUACUUCCAGUGGCAUCCUUUCACUCUCACCAGUGCGCCGGAGGAGGACUAUAUCUCCGUUCACAUCCGUGUCGUCGGUGAUUUCACAGGCGCGCUGGCCAAGGCCGUCGGUUGCGACUUCGACACCAAGGAGAAAGGCGACUCAGGAGGAAAGGUCGUCGGAACCAAUGUUAACCCUCCCCUUAACCGCGUCCUUCCUCGCGUGAUGGUUGACGGUCCCUUUGGUUCGGCUUCUGAGGACUUCUUAAACUAUGAGACCGUCCUUCUCGUCGGUGCCGGCAUUGGUGUCACUCCUUUUGCCUCGAUCCUAAAGUCCAUCUGGUACCGCAUGAACAACUUGAACGACUCGAAGCCGACACGUCUCUCGAAGGUAUACUUCACCUGGGUUAUUCGUGACUUUGGUACCGCCGAGUGGUUCCACUCGCUCUUGCACGCAAUCGAGGAGCAGGACACCCGGAACAGGAUCGAGAUCAAUAUUUAUCUGACCGCGAAGAUCAAGGAAGACGAUAUGAACAACAUCAUCGUCCAAGACGUCGGUGCCGAGAAGGACGCGAUCACCUCGCUGCGUGCGCCCACGCACUUCGGACGACCGAACUGGGACCGCGUGUUCAGCUCGAUCGCGGAGAAGCACCCUGAGACUGACGUCGGCGUGUUCUUCUGCGGUCCCACUGUUCUGUCCAAACAGCUCCACAAAAUGUCCAACAAGUACUCGCAGCCCAAAGGCACCCGGUUCUUCUUUGGCAAGGAAAACUUCUAAGUGCCCGCGUUGCCAUUGGAGUCGUCAGUUGGAGUUGUGCGGUCGUCGGCCACGCCCCUUCGUUCGUCAUUCAUUUAUCGCUUACCGUAUUAUUUCGAUCUCGCCCUGCCCUGCUUUGUACCGUAUUCCCUCGCCUGAGCUUGCUUGUGUCAUUCCUUUGCGUUUUGCGCCACUCUCGUUGGCAGCGGCAGCGGCGGUCGGGAGAGUGCACUUGUUCCUGUCGGCCUCGUUGGAUUUAGAGCGCGUUUUGCUUGGAUAUAAGUGUCUGUCUGUGUCUGCCAAUAGGCAGAGUGUAUUAUACGGACGGGAUUUUUCUAUAGUUCUUUUCGGGUCCUUGAUGGAUCUCGGAUGGAUGACGAGCUC